CCAUAAUUCGCCAUUUCUCUCUUCCCCCCAUCACACGAAAAAGGGAGACGUUCAGGGCCCCUCUCUCCGUCGACACUCUCAAGAUUUUUGGGCGACCGUGCUGGUUCCGGCGGUAGCUUCCCGUCAAUUCCAAGGGGAGUCGUCGCGUUUCGUCUUCCGAUCAUGUCUACAGCGGCAGAACCGGCCGCUCCCGUCGUCAGAUUCGUGGAAGUUCCAGUCAUCGGUAGCGACUCCGUUCAGUGGGUCGACGUCACUGUCCCUUCUUCCGCCGAAGAUUCUGGCGAGCCUUGCGCUCCUACGACGGAGAAUGCUGCUGGCUACGCUGUCGUCGGUGAUCUGCCUGUUUACCUUGUCUGGCGCAUUCACAAAGACUCUCCUAACUUCUUGGAAUUAUUAGAGCUAUGUGGCAGUAAUGAAUUUCCAAAAUGUGGGCUUCGUCUGAUGUUCCAGAAUGCGUUGUGCCCAUUUGCUUUCAUAUGCGGAAACAAGAUACAGGGCAGUGCCGGGGGUGCUUACGUCUAUGUAUUGACAGUUUCAGGGUUUGCAUACCUUUUCAGACUGAGAAACCUCGGUGCUUAUGUCUCAGGUUCUGUUUUUCCAGAAAAUGAUCUCAUGGUGGUUGAUUUGCGGGCUCAGAAUUCUCAGGAUGUGAAAACAACGAGAAUAUCAGCCUUGCCAGGGCUCUUGGUGCUUGGUCGAAGUGAUGGUUCUGUUGGCUGUUUUGAAUUUGGAACACCUGUUCCAGGAUCUCAAAGUUCUACUUAUGAACUAAGAGAUGUAGGGCUUAGCCGUAUUUGGGGACUUGUGUCAAGGACAAAUGUAUCUAGCUCUGUAUGGAGUUUAGCACUUUCAGAAGUACAUGGUAGGAAGCUGGUGUAUGUGCUCCAUGCAGAUGGAAGCAUGCGAGUUUGGGAUCUCAAUGGCCGGUUGAAGAUUUUCAGUCAUAACUUGGGCUUACCAGAGAUUGCAGGCUAUCAUCCUAUAAGAUUUUGGGUUAGUGAUGCUAACAACGACGAUGGGGAGAUGUUCAUUGCUACACUUUAUGGAAGUGAGUCGGGUCAGGAAGUCGUUGUUGUGCAUGGCCUUCACAUCAGCUUGGCUAACAAGCUUUCUUUGGCACUAACUUCUUCUAUCAGGCAUGUUGUUCUAGAUAAGGGGAGACUGAUUGACUUGAGAAUAAGUUGCAAUAAGCUUUGGAUACUUAAGAAAGAUGGCAUGGUGUUCAACUUUUUCCAUGUUGAACUUGACACGGGUUCUACUUAUCUCUACAGCUUACAAGAAGCCUUUGUUGCUGAUCAGCUAUUUCAAGUAUCUGCAGAUUCUAUUGAUGACCUCAUGUAUACUAGUUGCUCAAUUUCUUCAUCAAUGAAGGAUUCAUCUGCACAAGUCAUGUCCUCAUGUUUGCUGCAUAGGCUACUUCAGCCAGGAGUUUAUCAACAUGCUGCACUGGUUGCAUCUAUCCAAAAUCACAAGCAUCGACUAACAAACUCUGUGACUCCAGUGCCUUCUGAUGCCUUGAGAAAAGAAAUUCUUUCACUUAUAGAAGGGGAGGGGGAUGCGGCAAACCCAUUUUCAAUAGCAUGUAGUUGGAAAAGGUUUUGCAGCAAUUAUUUCCAGUGUUGGUGUCAGAACUGCAUACCAUAUGGUUUACUUAUUGACAAUUCGACGGGAGCUGUGGGUUUAAUCAGAAAAAACUCACUCUCUUUAUUUCGUUGCUUGGAAGACAUUGAAAUCCUUGCAUAUGGGUCAUUUGGUGCAUUUAGUGAUUUUGUGGACAUAGGGGUGAAUUUGUCCGAUGACGUUCUUGAUUGUGAGAUUCUCUUCAAAGUGCUUAAGUUUGCUAGUUACAUCAGCCAACAUUUGGGUGAAGCUGCAGCUCCUGUACUUUAUGAAUCACUGGUGAAUCCUCUUAGUAUUUCUUUUGAUGAUGCUAUGUCUUGCAUCCUAAAGAUACUUGAAAGGGGGUAUGAUUUAUCAACUACAGAACAUUAUAUAUCUGUCUUUGGAGUUGAUUCAAUUUGGGAGAAGAAACAAGCACAACAUACAAAGCAGAGAAAAUUUUCUAUCAAUUCAUUGUUAUCUCUGACCGCAUUAUACAACAAAGCUGGUAGUUGGACAAGAGUAUUAAAUGUAGUUGAAAAUUAUGUGAAGAGACUUAUUUGCAGAAAAGGGGAUGUUAGACUGGCGGUAGAUGCAAAAGGAUUGUCUAAUGUCAAUACUUCCUUGUUGGCUGUUUCUGUAUCUCAUUUUGCAAGAGUGAUGUUUGAAUCUGCUUGUGGUCUGCUUGUUUUCCUAGGACAUAUAUGCAAUGUCCAAGGCCAGGUUCAGAUGAGUUUUGAUGAUUCAUCAAAAAUAAAACUUGACUUAAUCCCUCUGAUUCAAAAUAUCCUUUUGCGGUGGUUUAUCGUGCAUAUGCUGGCAUCGAGACCGUCUGAGAGUGUUGCUUUGGAGGACUUCAGUUAUCAACUUUCAUCACUGCAUAUCGAUAACAAAAAUGAUAGGAGAUUAAGGCAUGACAGACUUGGUGCACACAACUUCACAGUUUGCUGCAUCUUGUUACUUGAGUAUCCAAGUCAUGCUGAGGAGCACAGCCAUCUCACAUCUCGUUCAUUUAUUGGGCCCUUGACAUUUACUCGUUUGUUGCAAAAUUUUGUCAGCUGGGUUCUUUCAGGCAGGGCUAGAGAUGAAUCUUCAUUUUCCGUCAGUCAUGUGAUUCAUUUGGCAGUAAUUCUAAUUGUGCAUAACCAAUAUGAAGCUGCUGAGAGCCUAAUAGUUACGAUUGAUGCGUCACACAAGAAGUUGAUAUCACAAGACAUCCAAAAUGGUGAUGUUGAAUGGAGUGUGUGCCUUUAUCUCCUUGGCUUUUGUUUGCUUGUGCGGGCCCAUUGUAGCAGAAUUCAGUUACUUAAAGAUCAAAAAGUUCAUGAAGCUGUUCAUUGUUUCUUCAGAGCUGCAGCUGUAGAAGGAGCUUAUCAAGCUUUUCAAAGGUUGUCCUUCCCGCCAAACUUGCAGUGUCCUGGUGCGAGCUCUGCAGUGGCAUGGAAACUUAAUUACUACCAGUGGGUGAUGCAGUUCUUUGAGCAGUACAAUUUGAAUGAAGCUGCUUGUCAGUUUGCCCUUGCCGCACUUGAACAGGUGGACGAAGUUGUCCAAUUGGAAAAUCAACUCCACAGUGGAGCUCUUCCUGAAUCUGCAGCUACAAUAAGAGGAAGGCUUUGGGCAAAUAUCUUCAAAUUCAACUUGGAUCUCAGCCACUACAGUGAUGCAUAUAGCGCCAUUAUUUCAAAUCCUGAUGAGGAAAGCAAGCAUAUCUGCUUACGACGCUUCAUAAUUGUUCUAUGUGAGCAUGGUGCAUUCGAGCUUCUAUGUGAUGGUGAACUACCAUUUGUCGGGCUGAUGGAAAAGGUUGAGCAGGAGCUAGUUUGGAAGGCUGAAUGCUCGGACAUUAUGGGGAAGCCAAAUAUUUACAAACUGCUUUAUGCUAUUCAAAUGCAUCGGCACAAUUGGCGCAGGGCAGCUAGUUUCAUGUAUCGAUAUGCUGUGCGAUUGAAAAAGGAAAAGACAUCUAAAGACAAUUCACAUCUAUCCUUGACAUUGGAAGAGAGACUUCAUUCAUUAGCUGCUGCAGUUAAUGCAUUGCAUCUUGUUCAUCCUGCUUAUUCUUGGAUUGAUUCAUAUCAAGAAAGCCAUAUGCCUCAUGACCAGCAUUCACCCAACAAAAAAGCUCGAAAGUCAGUAAAUGAGGAUGUAGAUGUUGAUUGGCAAUUCCAACAACAGAAGUCCUACAUUAACAUUGAUGAACUUGAAAAUGAGUAUGUGAUAACAUCGGCAGAAUAUUUGCUUGCAUUAGCAAAUGUAAAGAUCACGCCUGCAGGUAGUCAUUCAGACCUGGAUUCUUUACUGAAUCUGCUUAUUCAGACAGGCCUAUAUGACACGGCAUUCACAGUCAUUCUUAAGUUCUGGAAGGGUUCAGAAAUGAAAAGGCAACUGGAAAGGGUCUUCGCUGAAAUUUCACAAUGCUGUUGUUCAAACAGGAGUGGAAUACAUUUAAAUAGUCUUCUCUUGACACUGUCAGAAGAAGGACCUGAUAAUCAUGGUGCACUUGAGAAAGGCAUGGUUCCUCAUCAUACCACAGUUCAUAGCAAUUGGAGAACUCUUGAGCUUUAUCUUGAGAAAUACAAGCAAUUGCAUCCAAGAUUGCCAGUAACUGUUGCAGAAACACUUCUGCAUGCUGAUCCUCAGAUUGAGUUACCCCUUUGGCUGAUUCACAUGUUCAAGGAUGAAAGAAAGGUAACAUCUUGGGGUAUGACUGGCAGUGAGUCUGACCCAGCAACACUGUUCCGAUUAUUUGUAGACUAUGGUCGGUAUAAGGAGGCUGCAAAUUUAUUGGUGGAGUACCUUGAAUCAUUUGCAUCUGGGAGAAUGGCCAACAUUUUAAACCGCAAAAAAAUGUCCUCUGUUUGGUUUCCAUACACAGCAAUUGAGCGUUUGUGGUGCGAGCUUCAGGACCUGAAGAACUCAGGGCACAUGGUUGAUCAAUGUGACAAACUUCAGAAACUGAUACAUGGAGCUUUGCUGGGCCAUCUGAAACAAGUAAAAUUAGAUUCAGAGGAUGCUUGCAACAAUGGAAUGGUGAAGGAACAAGGGGAUAAAGUUCUUUGACUAUGGCAUCAUUUCCGCCCAUUGGAUCUAGUUUAUAAAAUUUUGGUGGAUGAGUAGUGUAUAUUCUAAUCCAACAGGUGGUCGUUCCUUCUCGUUGCUAAAAUUAUGUGCAAGAUGUAUGUAGAAUUAGUCCAUGAACCCUCUCCCAGUUCAAAGGCAAACCAAGAGAAGGUGUUCGGUUGCAGCAGCAAUCAAGGUCGGCCAUCUGGCCUAUAGAUGAACUACUGGCUAUCAAGCAUCUCUUCUUUGCUCCGGUGCUUCUCUCCUGUUCUGACCUUUUACUCCUUUUCUCCUAAGCCCGCUAGAAGCAAGAAGAGAUGUGCCAGCAGAAGGCUUUCUGUCGCUGCCCAGUGGCGAUGUGGAACACGCUAAAUCCUUUAUUUUUACUUGAAGCCUGAGAGAAUAUGUACUUUUCAAGGCCAUGUUGAAAAUUACAAAAUUAUUAUGAAAAGGUCAUAAUUUUUUGUGGAUUGGAAUUCAAAAUCCAUUUAGUCAAUA